CCAUCUCGUGCACGCACACACGCUCUACAACACACACGCACACACAAACAUGGCGGCCUCUGUUUCACCGCUACGCUCCUCCUUCAGGAUUUGUAACCCGUUAACGUUACACCAUAACUGCUGCCGGGCCACACUGCGUAUGCACAGAAAAUGCGAGAGUCAAAGGAGACAUCUACACCAGUCGGCGACGAGGCAUGCUGCUGUGGUGAUUUCGGGCACAGAGUUGGCUCGUCAGCUCCACAGAGAAAUCCAGCGUGAUGUGGAAGAGCUGGUAGCUCAGGGCAACAUGAGACCCCACCUAGGAGUGGUCUUAGUGGGGGACGACCCAGCCAGUCGUACCUAUGUCAGGAACAAGACCCGGGCAGCCAGCAUCCUGGGUAUUUCCAGUGACACAGUGGUGCGGCCUAGCUCGGUCUCCCAGGAGGAAUUGCUGGAGCUGAUUGACAAGAUGAACCGUGACUGGAGGGUCAGCGGCCUGUUGGUGCAGCUGCCACUUCCCGAUCACAUCAAUGAGCGAGCGGUAUGUAAUGCCAUCGCUCCAGAGAAGGAUGUGGAUGGCUUCCAUAUUGUGAAUAUCGGUAAGCUGUGUCUGGACCAGAGAUCCAUGGUGCCUGCCACACCUGCAGCUGUUUGGGAGAUCAUCAAACGAGCAGGUAAACCACAAAAACCUCUGUUUUUUGUAGGAGUGAAGGAGAAAGCAGGUUUCAUCACACCUGUUCCUGGAGGCGUGGGUCCGAUGACCGUCGCCAUGCUGAUGAAGAACACUGUGACUGCUGCCAGAAACGCACUGAUGCAUUAAACACACAUAAUAAAGCCA